AUGGUUGUUCAAAAAGCUGUCGUUGCAGCGCUCGUCUUGGGCUCUGCGGUCGUUCGAGCAGUUUCGUACAAUUAUCCUGUGCUCUCUCAGUACACGGAUCUAAGCACAGUUAGCAAUGGCUUGGAUUCGGCCAGCUCUGUUGGAGUUUCAAGCACUCACUCCGAUAUCUCCACCGUUGAGAGCACGAUAUCGGAUGCCAUAGCACCAGCGACGAAGGCAGUCACGACAGCUGCAAAUGCCUCGAACAAAAUUUUCUCAGAGAGUGUCAUCACAUCAGCUCCUUUGGCCGGCGUCUCUACCAUAAGCAUGAAUACCACAAUCACAUCCAAAGCGCAAACCACGGUCUCAUUGUUCAACGCCUGCUCCGGCAUAAAUCUAACUUGCUCCGCACUCAGCGGCCUGACAUACUACGGCGCCGUCGUGUCUGCUGACAACACCAAAACAAUCUAUGCGCUCGAUUGCUCCCAGCAGGGCAAUAACGGCACCAAGGAUUGCUUUUCCUCACCUAUGACUGUGACCCAGGGCCCCAGGAUGUUCGGCCGCAUUGACAACUCGGGGCCUAUUCCCACGACUGUAAGCUGCAACAUAGAUACUAAGCCUUUGACCGCCAGCUGUACGGAGAGCUUCCAGAUUCCCUCUCCGACCGUUACGGCUUCAGGAGGCCUACCGCGAUAUUCCGGUAACAGCACCGUCACUGGUCACUCCUUUAGCUUUGCCAGCGGUCAGAUCCAUUACAAUCCUCUCGUCAUCACAAAAGGUGCAGAGAAACUCAAUGGCAACAUCAGCGUCGUAUCGAAAGCGCCAACUGGUCCAUUGAGCUCUUUCAGCUCCGCUUCAGCCACAAGCAUAAGCAAGAGCGGUGCUGAGGUUUUGAUCGCUCCUGCUGCGUCGCUCGCGGGCAUUGUCGCCAUCGUCGCUGGUGUUUGCGCUCUAUGA